CAGCUGGCGGCGGGCGCUGAUUGGCCAGUCAUUUCUUGGAAUGUGACAGUGGGCGUGUCUCAACUAACCUUAGAUUAUUCUGACUGUGGGUCAUGGGCAAUUCUUGAUUCUGUCUCUGGAACUAACAGCAAGUGUGUAUCCAGGUAACUGGUAACUAUGGGAGCUGAUUAUCAGAACCUUAUUAUUAUUAUUAUUAUUAUUAUUAUUAUAAUACACAUACUGUCUGCAGGCAGUUAGUGUUAUCUGCUAUAGGAUCAGUAUUAUUAUUAUUAUUAUUAUUUUACUGCCAUGUUUGCCCUGUCAGUUCUGCAUGUGAUUGUUGACAUUUCCAUGCAGAGAAUGUUUAAUAUUGUAAUUAUUUAGUAUUUUGUGUAUUAACUAUUUUCCUUCUUUCUUUCUUAUUUCCUGCUAGUUCCAGGAUGUGGCUGCUGGUUGCUGUACUUUGUGUGACACAGGGGGUCCUUGCCCACUCAGAGAAUGUGGAAAGGACAAUUAGAAGCGCAGCAAGCUUUAAUUAUCAAGCAGAUCCUGAGUCAUCAAUGAAUAUUGUAAGUUAAUAUUUAUAUUAAGGUCUACAUUAUUUUUCUUUAGUAGAUUUGAUAGAUUUAAAAAAAAAAAACAUGUUGGACACUGAUUAAGAUGAAAAGAUUAAUGCUGUGUUAUAAUUAUACAACACAAUAAUUAUACCGUUUAAAUCAUGUAAAGUCUUUUUAAUAUACGCUAAUGCAUUACAGUAUUUUAUAUUACAGUAUGUUAUAUUAGAGCCACAACUUUUUUUUUUUUAAAUCAACAUCCAUAUGGUGUGUAAGUAGUAUUGUUUAUUAGUACAUAUAUAUUAUGUUACUUAAACAUGUUCUCUAUUGUAUUAAGGAACAGAAUGAGAAUCUGUUAAAAAUAAAAUAAAAAAAAUUGCACUUUACUAUUGCCGGUUAUAUGACUUUAAAAUACAAAAUUACCAACACCUGUUGUUUUUAUCAUGCAUUGAGGACUGCUAUUGAAGGUUGUGUAAAUGAUGGUCAAUGCAUAGCAGUACAUUCUGGUUAUCUGGUUUAAGUUUUUAUUUCAUUAUUUUGCUGAUUUUUAAAACUAAAUUUAUCAUCAUCUAUCCCUUUCUGCUCUACAUGUGUAAGAAAAAGUGUUGGGUUUAACUACUGAAGAAAGUUAAUAUUUUGACUUGGUAGUGCGGCUGUACUAUAGCUGCGCAAUAUUUUUUAUAACCAAAUGUUUAGAAGGAAAAGUUUUAGUCUUAACAUCCGAGCCGUGUGAAACUAAAAAGGACCUUGCACUGACCAUACACCCAUAUCUCAUCAGACCAGAUAACUGCAUUAACUCUGGGUAUUCCAUGCAAUGUUGUAUGUCAAGGCAGAUGUUGAGCAAUUCAAUUAUCUCUCUGAGAAAACUCCAUAUUUAUUUGCAAUCAGUAAAAUUGAACUUGAAAUGUUUUCCACUAUUGAUAUUAUAUAUAACAAGUCUCCAUCUGCAUACAGCAUUGAGUGACUGUCAUGUGGUCUGCAAUCUUUACUUUGAAUGUCCUGCAGGGGUAAAAUGGCCCAUGUGAAAAAUAUCUGAUAUCACCGUGCUAAGUUAGCGAUCUCGAAAAUGAUGCUUGCAUUGUGCAUCUUGUAACCGAACAUUGAUAGUAUCUAUUCUUUACAAUGUUUCCAUUAUUCGCUACCCUUGCAAUGUAGUCAAUUUCCUUUUUGCAACAAAGUUCAGAUGGCUGAACAUAAUCAGCAGCUCUUUCUAUGUACGUUUUUUUGCCAAAUGGUCACUUAAGGCAUCACUGGGCCCAAAAGACCAUCUUGACAUACUUACUCUAUAGCUGGUGCCCUAACUUAAAACUUUUCUGUGUUAGCAUAUUGUAAUGUUUAAUAGCAAAUUUGAAUUUCACGUUGCUGCUUCCUUACAUGGAGACCUGCCAGGUAAUGCGGAAGCUAGCUUCAAGCAAUUUUUCGUCUGAGACCAGCGCUGAUCCCGAGUGGGUAAUGGGUAACCCCAGGCAGGAAAUAUUAAUAUGGUCUAACUGUGUUUCUCCCCUCCCCGCAUUAAACCAGCCUAUUCCAGGUAUUUUGGUGGUUUAUGAAUUUUGAUUUAUCCAAUAUUUGUUUGUUCUUUUAAAAGGAACACUCCAAGCACCGUAACCACUACAGUGAACUGUAGUGGUUAUAUUGCCACAAGUACCCUGGCAAACCCGACGUAAGUAGUCAGAUCAUUUUAGCAUAGUUUGACUUUUUACUGGGUGUCCACUGGGCAUGUGUUUCUGCCUCCACUUAAGAUUUCUCUAGCUAGAAGCUCUCUAUCUGAGAUAAGACUAGAAGUGCAGGGCUUAGCACAUUGCCUGAGAGCAAUCAGCUGAUACUCUGAGCUAAUGAACUAGCCCUGCACUGCAGGGCCUAACUCAGAAAAGCUAAUGGGAGCUCCUAAGGAAGAGUGUCUGACUCUUCUAGAGGCUUGUAGGCGGCAUGGAGCAGCAUAUGCUGAACCCCAGGUAAGAAGUCAAACUGUUCAAAAAUGGUUUAACAAGUUACAAUGAUGGGGCACAGGGCACUCCUGCCACCAUAACCACUUAUGCUUUAAGUUAUGGUGUUUGGAGUGUUCUUUUAAUUUGUUUACCUUUUCUCAUUUAUUUUCUAUCUUCUAGUGAUACUCAAAACACAAUUAUUAUUUUUUUAAUUUGUCUUAUAGUUGAAUAGUAUUGCUGGGCUUUUAACACAUGCAGCAAUUAAUUGUCAUAUAUUGUGAACUGUUUACCUUUAAAAUAAAGCUUAUUUUUCUAGUUUAGGAAUAUUUUCAAGCUUCUAUAAAAUAUUUUUUUUAUAUACAUCACCACUUCAAGGAUCAUUUUUAGUUCAGAGAUUACUCUUGGUAAUAAAUGACCCUAGCCUGCACUUUGAUGCCUAGAAAGUAAAUACUUUAGUCAUCUCUGCCUCUGUUUCCAUAGCUAUAUAAAAUGUAAGUUCACUAUAUACACUGUUUCUGCUGCCUCAGUGGUGUACUGUUUGUUAUUGAAGUUAGUUUAAAGCUUGAAAUGAAAGGAAUGUGGUUUACUUGUGGGAAACAUGUGAUAUGCUGUCUUGUGACUGCAACUAUUGGUUUUUAAACUUAUUUAAUAAGGAAGUUCAUCUAAAAUGUCUAAAGUACAAUUCAACCUUUUCAUUACAUCCCUAAUUAUGUUAUAGUUAGUGUCUCACAUGCCUCUGACUUGAAAAAGGGGAAGUGAAGUGUACACAAACACAAAUUAUUUUAAAUUCUGGGUUGUUAGUUGCUGUUGUACAAAAGCAGAUUUUGAAGAAAUCUGUAGAGCUUCACUUUCUCACAGUGCUGCCUUACCACAUUGUCUAUAAGCUCUUUGUGACAGGAUUUGUUUAGCCCCUAAUUAUAAUGAUUUUGAAGAAAUCUGUAGAGCUUCACUUUCUCACAGUGCUGCCUUACCACAUUGUCUAUAAGCUCUUUGUGACAGGAUUUGUUUAGCCCCUAAUUAUAAUGUAAAAUGUUACAUUAACAGUAAAACACUUGAGAUUUAAGCAGCUCUGUCACUUUGCUCCAAUGUGUUCCCCUGAGUAGCCUAGUUCUUUUCCCCCUGAAAUGAGGUUGUUUGUUUCAUAUUGUUAUGCAUAAGGAAAAGUAGGAACUAGACCUCUAGAAGAAAAAGAACCUUAGCUAAAUACCCAAAACAAUUCAUGUCUUUACCAUUGGAGCUAAGAGAUAGUGGGCAAGAAAAAAUUAAAAGCAUAUCUACAUAACUAUGCUCUAUAUUAAUAUUUUGUCAUCAUUGCUUACAGGCCCAACUAUGCAAUAACCAUAUUUUCUAGAUCAUGUAUCCUGGAUUUUUGUUGGCAAAAAAAUUAAAAAUAAAAUCUAUUGGUGUGGUAAGGGCAAAUGAUAAGUGUGACAGAAAAAAAACCUUGUGCCUGUCAUAAAUAUAUCUAUAGUUUUCCAUCUCCGACUUUACUUAUGACUAGAGGCUGAGCAAUUAAUCAUGUCAAAAGAUUUGUGGGAGAAAAAAACAAAACACGCCCAUUAUCGGGAUUUCUGAUGUCAGCCAUUUCCAGUGCAUGGGGGUCAUAUUCUGGAUGUCCUAAAAAGACAGACCUGCUUAUUGUUCUGUGUUCUAGAACGGUCAUUGAAUAACCGCAUUAGUAUGUGGAGGUGAACUUUUUUUACGUAGUGGCUGUAUCCCACAUGUGUAUAUGGUUUCAGGUUAUCAGCAUCAUUUAAAAAAAUAAAUAAAUAAUAUAAAUAUAUAUAUAUAUUAAUUUUUAUAUAUAUAAAAAAUAAAUAAAUAUCUUGGUUAUGUUAUAUAAUCAAACAGCUAUUAUAUUAUUAUAUCAGAAUGGAUACUAUCGGCAUACACUUUUGUUUAUAAUUAAGGGGGGAAAUGCUUUAUAUAAAUUAGGAAGCGGCAUUGUUGGCAUUGAUGGGUGUACCCUACAGAUCCCAUGAUGAGAAAGAGGGUACUUUUCAUAUAUAGUUAGUACCAUGCUUCCCAACUAUUUCCAUUCCUCCUGGGGUAAAACAUAACUUCUCCUACUGUGGAACCAGUUCAAGUGCCCAGGAGCUAAAAUCUUGCAGAGGCCCUGCUAAUUAUGUAACUCGUAUGUGUUGCUACACUGUGUGUGUGUGUGUGUGUGUGUGUGUGUGUACACCUAUCUCGUACCAGAAAGACCUGCUUUUUCCUUCACAAGACAGUGAGAACAUUUGACAGUGCUAUUCAAUAAGCUUCAAAUUUUAGCAAAGUAAGGUCUCGAUUUAGCAAGAUUUCCAAAUAAUUCAAAAAAUUCAAAAACUUUUCAAAAAGAUUUAUCAAAAAACAAAACAAAAAAACACGGACUUCAGUGGUAAUUUCUGUAGAUAAAUUAUGUUAAGUUUUUUUUCUAACAGAUUGUGAUCAGUUUGAAAACAUAUUAAAUCAAUGUCUACAUUUGAUUUGCUGAACUGAGGUUUAAUUAGUGAAGCCGCAACUACAGCUGAGUUCUCCAAAGCAGCUGUUUUUGUCUAAAUUUAAAGUUGGAUUUGAUUUGCUAAAAUUUCACUGCAUGCAGACUUAUUAGCACCACAUCAGUUGUAGCAACACUUUCAUAAUGUUGUCAAUAUAUUCUCUAUUAUAUAGAGACCUGAAGACUAUUGGACUAAACUUGGCUUGAAAUUUGAGGCUGCUACAUAUGUUAAGUGAUCGUUCUUGGAUAUUGUGGCAUCCAUAAUACUUAUGUGGUAUUAAGAGGCCUAGUGUUAUGUUACGACCACAACUUGAACAUUUGACACAAGAUACAUUCAUGUGGUUUAUGCUUUGUUCAAGUUGUCCUUUUUACAUGUUGUAGCAGGAGUUAUGAUUUAAAAAAAUCAAAAAAUUUUUGAAAAACUUUUUUUUUUUUUAAAUCUGCGUGAUAAUUGAUUAUUUGUCCACUUUUGCUUCAUCUUUCUGUUCUUGACCCAUCCGCUUCUUAGUUUGAUACCAACUACGAACUAUACGGGAGGGCUUGUCUGUAAAGAAUGUUUGUCAAAUACUUUUCAUUCAACUGACGUAUUAAUUAACAAAGUCCUGCAGAGCAAAAGAUAUUUAUGCUAAUUGCUUCACUCUCUGCAAACUGUAGGACUACUUUGUGUUAUUGAGAUACUGAGCCCUACAAUAAUAUCAAACGCAAAGUAUUUUUUUUUAUAUAUAUAUAGCAUGCAUUUCACAUUUUAAACUGGCACUCUAACCUCCAUAACCACUACAGUUCAUUGUAGUUCUCAUGAGUUAAAGGGACACUAUUGUCACCAGAACCACUGCAGCUGCGGCUAGGGAGAAAAGGUGAGUUCAGACAAAUUUUCACUGCUGUGACAGGUGGGCCGGGGACCUAAACUACCACAUGAGCACUAUAGUUUCAGGAAUACUUGUUUAUAUUCCUGACACUAUAGUGUUCCUUCCAUCUUUUUUUUUUUUUUUUCUUUAAGUCAUUUUGGAGGAGUCUGAUAAAAACUAGGGCUCACCCUGGUACCCAUGCCUGGCACCUCUGCAGCCCUAUAAUUAAUGUGCGGAGUAAACUAUUGCAUUAUACAACCUGGCAUUAUCAGGCUGAGAGUACACGGGGCAAAGGUGGAUUCUACGUUGUAUUAGAACAAUGUACCUAAGUGGCCAUUGACUUGUAGAUUUAUACUUGAUCUUAGUUAAUACUUUCCUGGAUUAAGUAAGGUAUCAUUACGUAAUUGAAAGUCUAUAAACUUUAUUUCGUUGUGUCAUCCAAAAAGUUCUGAUUUUUAGAUUCAAAGGUCAAAACGUCAUCACAUGGUCACCUGUAACUAGUUAACUUGGACAAAGGGUUGUUAUGAGAGCUGAUUUGUGUUAUGUGGCUUGUGUACUUUGAGCCACCUGUCAUAGAAUGAUCUCAUUUUGAUUCUGGGGAAAAUGAAUAUGAAAUGAAAUGUUUCUUUUAGCCAUGUCGUAAGGUUUCAUGUAUUUCCACUCCUUUAUAAAAAUGUAGUCAUCCAGUAGCAUUCUGUUGGUUUCAUUCUGAUUCAUCCACAAUCAUUACCUUGCCCCCCAAUUGCUUUUCAGAAGUAAACACCCAUAAAUAAGGGAUCUUUUUCUUAUUACACAACAGGAUGAGAUAGCUGAAAUGGUUACAAACUAUAUUAGUCAUGUGUACAUUGCUAUCUUUUCAUCUGCUAGUGGUCCUUGAACAGCAAUGUCUUCGAAGUUUAUGGGAUUUACGUAAUUUCUCAAGUGUUGUUGGGCCUUGAGGACUUGUUUGUGAACUGCUUUAUAAGACAUUCCAGUGCUAGGGACAGAUAUGAAAUUCACAUAGCAAACAGAGGAAGCUCAAAAAAGUUUUAUUUCCACAUUUUGACAUUGCAUAAAUGACAUGACAUUACAAUAUUACAAAUAUAAGCGUUUGAUUAAUAUACUUAAAUAUACAACACAUUUACAAGCAUAAAUAUACAAACAUAAAUACAUUUAUGCAUCCCUGAGAGAGAGAGGUUGUAACACUAUAUUUUCCACAAAAUAUAUCCUGUUUCUUAUAACAAUGUAUGCGCGUUUAGGUGAUCUAGCUUUUUUUAUCCAAUAUAACCACAUUUUAACCGUUUUAGAGCUCCAGUUCUCUGUUCUUGCACAUCCCAACUCCGUUUUGCAUUGCCAGAUAAUGUGUUCUAAUAGUCUGUCACAUCGUAGCAGGUUAGAUGUUCUCCAUUUCCUAGCAAUCAAUAGUUUAGCUGCUGUAAAGAUGUGGAGGACUAUAGGAAGAAUAUCUGUUUUGCAGUGUAUUAAGAUUAAAAUGUAGCAACGCUAAUUCUGGAGUUCUAUCUAUAUCUAUGUCACAUAGAAUAAAAAAAUAAAAAAAACUCUUUCCAAAAGGGAAUUAUAAAUUGGCAAUUCCACUACGUAUGAAAAACAGUUCCUAGACUCAAUCCACAUCUCCAACAAUUUGUAUCUGUAUUUGCACAAUUCCUUAAUUUAGCUAAUGUACUUGGUACCCAAUACCAUCUGUUAUGGACUUUAUAUUGUACCUUUCUCAAGUUCAAAGCGUGUAUAUAUUUAUAGGUUAAUACGGAAGAGGCCGUCCAAUCUUGAUAUGGCAAUUCUAUACCCAAGUCUCGCUCCCAUUUUGUUUUUGCAUUACAGUUUGUUUUUGCACUCGCUUUUGAUAGUAUUUGCACACAUGUUCAAUAAUUAUUCUAGAUCUUCCACUGCCUCUGAAUUACUACUUGAGAGAUACUUAGAUAUUCUUAAAUAAUUAAACGGUUCUCUCCCGGGUAGAUUUUUUUUUUUUUUUUUUCAAUUACUAAAGUGGAAAAUGAUUGAACUUUGUUUAUGUGAUAUCCUUUAUUUUAUGUAUGCCACUGUUGUACCAAUUACAUAAAUUGAUGUUAUCCAUAUUUCCUUCAAGUGGUCGAGAACCUAGCAGUUUAUUUGUUAAAUUGUUUUUUCUUUAUAGAUUUGCAUUCAUCCAAUAUAUAUCUUAAUGAUUUUAUUUCUGAACUACUAUAUUGUCGAUCCCUAUGCAAUCCCAAUGUCCAGAACAGAGAUGGUAAAUUCCUAAUUGUGAAUAGAUCUUGUUCUAUUAAGAACUAUUUCUCAUUUUCUGAGCAGCUUUUCUGUGUGAUCAUGGUAUGCAUGAGUCUACUUGCUGUAUAAUAUUUAAAAUAUAUCUUGCAUUCCCAUGCCUCCUUGUUUAGUAUUUAAAGUUGUUAGCGUCCACUUUAUCCGAGGUUUCUUCCCUGACUCUAUACAUUUUAAAAAGAGGCAAUGUGUUCUUUUAAACCAAUUUUUCCGAGCAUUUUAGGGGAUUAAUAUAAAGAAAUAAUUCCAGCUUGGUAAUAUAUAUGCGCGUACUAAAUUUAUCCUUCCCCACCAUGAAAAGUUUAAUGUUUUUCAUCUGAUUAAUUUUUUAUUAGAUUGUUGUAAUAGAUGAAGAAAAUUAUCUACUAGAGAAUUUAAAGAAGUAAUGUUGAUUCCUAAAUAUCAUUAUGAGGUCUAUGAUAACUUAAGCCUUAAACUGAUUGAUAAUCUGUAUCUUACUCUGUUUAGAGUGAAAUAAUAACAUAUUGGGGGUAUCCAAAUGAAGAGUAUGAAGUUCUUACUGCAGACAACUAUAUCCUGACUAUCAACAGAAUACCAUGUGGGAUCAAAUGUGCAUCUACAGGUAUGGCUCAUCGAAAAACUGAGGAUUUUCUUAUUUUCUUUACAAAACAACUACCUAACUUAUUUUUCCUUUAAUACUCUUUCUCUGUAACAAUGUUUUUGUUGAAAUGGCUGAUUAGUUUUCAGGUAAAAUGGUGCAAAUCUUUCUUGUAACGUAAAAUUUAACCUGGGUAAAGCUGGAGGCUUUUGUUGGAAUAAAACAACUCAAAGGGCAAGAGCGUAUUUAAUUCGAUUGAAGAUUUAACAAUAUUUUCAUCCCAGACAGGUGCCACCAUCUGACAUAGCCAUACAGUAAUUUUUAUACUCCGAAAAUACUGACCGUUUUUUCACUAAAGUGUGAAUUUGGUCUUGGAAUUUAAAAUCAAAUGGCCAAAUUUAUCAAAUCUAGCUGAUAUGGUUAAAUUUUCCAAUUUGAUAUAGUAGGCUAAAAUCUAAGUUGAAGAAAAACGUGUAAGUCAACAUUGUUGCUGCUGUUGAUCCUGGGGCUAACUUGCAUGACAUGAGCAAAUAACAUUUAGUAAGAAGGGAGGGUUGGAAUUUUUGUGCUGCUGAAAGUAUAGAAAUAUCUAGGCACUUUUAAGGUACGUUUGCUAGGACAGCAUCCUAGCACCAUAACCGAUACAAUACACUGACCGUUCCUAUAAGGAGGGUAUGUUAAAUCCCUAUUUUUUAUAAAGUUCAAUUUCAAAUAUACAAUGAAUAAGGCAGAAAAGCUUAAAAGGAUACUCCAGGCACCAAAACAACUUACUCUAAUUUAAGUUGUUAUAGUACUCUCACCUUAACCACUGAGUUGCCUCCACCGGCGAUGUCCACAACCCCUCUGGCUGCAUCUGGCUUCUGAAUUUUCAGAUUCAGGAAAUGAGUAGCGUCGCUGGGCACGGACACCGCUGAUUGGUCAUCUGACGCUCUCAGCCAAUCAGUGACUCCCCGUUCACUAAACUGGCUUGGAAAGAAACGUACCUUUCUCAAACUUUUCAUUGUAUCGAAAUACGGUAUUGCAUAAGGGAAGAGAUACUACAUUCAUAGUAGUAUAGGUGCAAAAGCAAAACAUGGAUUUCCAAACUUUCUAUUUCCCCUUUGUAAAUUCUGCUUUAGUUUUAAUGUCCACACUUGAAAAUCCAUUAGGUCUGUUAUCCUACCAGUUAUUUCACUUUUAUUUCUAUUUCAUAUUCCUUGAAUUGCUUGAUGUCUGUAUAAACAAAGAUACGUAGACCCAAGAUAUUUUCAGGUAUGACAUGGUCAUGGUGGUUGGAGUAACCCUUGGAGUAAGGACCAGAAUUAGAGUUAUAUGUCAGUUCAAACAUAAUGUACCUCUUUCACAUGCACCCACACUUAUUAUAUAUCAUUUUGUGAAGAUAUAUAGGGCUUUCAUUUGACAUCAGAUAUUUAUUUAUAUAUAUUUAUAUGAUCCAUAAUUUAAUAUAAAUAAAAAAGAGAAAAACAAUACUCCCAUGUACAAUUCUUCCCAGGUUUCCCCAUGUACACGUAUACCGAGGUUUUUAUGGUUACAGAGUUACAGAGCCAGAUGUGAGUCUCAGUCUUCAUACAUGGAGGUUUUUAGUAUAAUUCCAAUGACCAUUUAGGUGCAAAAGCAAACUCAAAUAUAUGGCCUGUGCUCAAACUCCCACUACUCCUGAGUUUGAGCGCAGGACUUUUUUGUAUCUUUGUAUUUGCUUUUGUAUAACACAGCCGUGUUACAGUGUUGCCACCCAUCCCAUGUGUUCACUGUUAAGGGUUAAUUAGUAUGCAGGAGUUAAAAAAAAUGAAAUAAAAUACCCCCUGUCUGUGAAACCUAACAGGUUUGCCUUGAUAUGGCAGGUGAGCGUACAUUGAAAUGGCCAUUGGAGUGAUACUAAAAAUCUCCAGUUAUUUAAAUGUGCAUAGAUAUUUUGGAUAGUGUGCAAGUAAAUCUUUUCUUUGGUUUUUAUUGUAUGCGUUGGUGAUGAUGUGUCCUAUAGUCAUUGCUGCCGCCCAGGUGUAGUGGGAGUUUGUGUGCAGAAUUUAUUUUUGUAUAGUGUUCAUACCUGUAUAUUUGAGAAAUUGAUUUUCUGGGACUAUGUCGCAUUUGAGGCAGUAUGCAGCCCAUUUGCAAAAAUAGACAAUCCAGGGUAGUCACAAAACCUGGCCAAAUUUAGUGUUCAUGAUUUUAUUUUAGGAAUUUUUCACACAAACACUGCACUUUCACUGUUUAUUGCAUCAUCCUUUAUUUAAUUUUUUUAAUUGUGAUAAAACACCCAUAUUUCUAUUCAGUAAUGUCCAACGAGUGCAACAAUAUCCCCAAUGAACAGGUUUAACCCGGAGGCAAUUUGUCUAGGUUCUGUACCAAAGCAAAACCUGGCAUUUGCUCUACGUGGUUUCUUCCACUGUAAUCUUAUAAGUGGAGUGUGUUUUUUUUAAAAAAAUUUUUAUCCGGUUUAUUGGAGUUAAAGUGCGGUACCCACAAGACCAGACUUCCAGGUUAGAACAUAUUCGAUCUACAGGGAAGGAAAUGGUCUUCUCCAGCUACGACAAAUAUAAGGAGUACACUUCCAUCUGGUUUAAUUGGACAUGGUGACUGUCCUCCAGGUCUGCUUGACUGUGCCCAACCAGCUCCCCCCUGCCUCAAACCAUGCUGACUCCUAAUAUAGACUUGUCUUGAAUUUUAGUCUCACUGAAGAAAUAUGGGUCCUCAACCUUGCCUGUCCCUUUGCUCACUGUCGUUGAAUGCUGCAAACCUGCCCCCAUUGCCUCCCCCUCCUCUUCCUCAUCUUUUCCCCUCUGUCUCACGUCCCUCUUGCUCUUUUAGACUCUCUCUUUUUGAAUUUUCUGUAUUGGUACUUCUUGACCUUCCAUGUACUGCUUAAUUGACAGGCAGCCUGGCAGGCAUUCAUACCAGGCUGAGCUGGCGGUAAUUUAGGUGGACCAACCAUCAUUCUGGGUGAGUCUGCCACCUUGUGUGCCAGUAUAGCAAUUUGUGUCACUGCCACCUUUAAUUUCUCCCAAUUCAAAAGACUCCAAUGUUGGGAACUAGUUCCUUGGAUAUGCUGUUUAUGACACUUCCCUCAUCCCAUUUUGCCACCAAAAUCACCAUGGGAGGCAUUUAUUGUUGAAUACUGUUGGCAGCAAUAAUAAGCAGAGGUGGGCUACACUAGUUUUCUCUGUGUAUCAGUGCCUUCCCAAUGUUGGACAGGUUAAUGGGGAAGUUUACUUAGCGGAAUGGCAGAAUAGGGCUGUGCUGUUGUUGCCAGAUAGCAAGAACCAAGCACUCAUAGACUCUUAGUAGUGAUUAUUUUUCUGUUUAUCAUAUUUGUUUAUUGAAGAAGGUAACAAAGUUGACAUGACACAGUUUACAGAGGAACAUCACAGAUAUGAAGUUGAAUACAUUGAACAUACAGCUUAUAUGGUCAGGCAGUAUAUCAAGCUGGUAAAUACUGGUCGCAACCACAGAAAAUCGGAGAAAAGGGAGGGAAGGAAAUAGAAAAACAAUAAAGAGGAAGAGCAGAGCGGCAGAGAAACAUCUGAAGUUACCCAGUAAAAUUAUCACACAUCAUUUAUAGAGAUCAAUCAGAGAACUAGUUACCCCCAUACAUCUGAGAAACUUUGAAGGUUACCCGUGAGCAUAUAAAACAUUCGUCAUAUUUCAGGGUUACCUGGAGUCCAUAUAGGACAGCCUGAGUAGAUUUUUAGGCUGGAUGUGAACACAGCUGUUAUAAUAUGCAGAUUCAGAACCUUUCCUGGGCUUUGUAUAUUGUUGUAGCAGAGCUUCAAUACCUAGCAUAGGUGUCUCUGCUGCUUAUUCCUUGUAGCUGAAAUAAGCAGUAAAAUAUCCCAAGACACUCACAGUGUAACUGAUUUUUAUUUUGGCCACACAACUAGACGAAUCACAGUCAACUGAUUUUUAUUUUGGCCACACACGGCUUUUAUGCACUGAACACUACAUGGGGUCUCUCGCACAAAAAUACAGGGCUUUUCCUCCCAAGUUCAUCUGUGCCUGAGAGAAAAAUCCAUAACUCAAUUAUCUCUCAGGUACAGAAAAAUCUACAAUAAUUUAAAACACCCCAAAAAUGCAUUUUAAUACUUCAGAACCCCACAAAAGUCACAUCACCGAAUAGCUUGGAUAUGAGCGCACACUUUGACAAAAUAUCACUCAGAUCCCUUCGGUGGUUCGGGAACGCCAUUCGAAUGAAGUUUUGACUGGUUGGCCACAAGGUGAUGCCCCAAAACAGUUCCAGAGAAAACAAGGCAACGACCGGUCAUCUUUCGGGGUUUCUCGCACGAACACCGACGAAUGCUCCCCCUGGCUGUUAGUAUACAAAUGGACAGCCGAACAAAGGGAAUAAAAGGGUCCUUCCACUACAAUUGCCAUCAAACAUUUUGGAAAUUAAUUUUUUUUUACUACUGACCAUUAUAUCUAUCCUAGCUUGCAACUGUCUCCUAUACCUCUUUAUUUUACAGGUAUUCCCUGCCUCUUUUCUAUUAACUAUUGCAACCAACUGGUGUGCUGUUUAACCCCCUGUGCACUAGAGGCAUUUCAUCUAUAUUCAACCGACCCUGUUUUGCAGGAGGAGUUUAGAGGAGACUAGUAUCCCACUUUCCUAUUUAGAAUUCAGUUACAUUGUUCAUAGCAAGUAGUUUCACUUUACACCAAUAAGUAUUUCUUUGAAGCAACACUUCUCUUGCUAUUGGUUCUAUUGGAGGUUUUAUACCCCAAUUAGUUUAUAGGACAUAUUAUUUUGUAGCCUUGUGCUUUUUGUUUUGUUUUUAUCUUUUCUAUUUUUACAUUUUAAUAUAUCCAUUAAAAGUUUUUAUGCUCAUUUCAUUGUGACUAUAUUUACCAAAAUGUUGAGACACUUAAUGGUAGUUUUUUUUUUUUUCUUUUCUUUUCUGUAUUUCUUAAAAAAAAAUCAGGUUUUAAAGGGAGAAAAUGAUUGGUAAUCUCUCUUCCCUUUGAUUGAAUUGAUUUUAAGUUGUUGAGAAUUCCCAGAUUACGUGGAGCACCGGGCUGGGGGCCUUGGUAAACUCAUUAGCUUCCUUGGGCUUCCAAUAUCAUUUCUAUGCAGAUGACACGCAAAUCUACCUGUCCUCUCCUGAUCUCUCCCCGUCCCUCUUGACUAGUGUCUCUGACUACCUCUCUGCUGUUUCUGACUGGAUGGCUGCCCACUUCCUUAAACUAAAUUUGACCAAAUUCUGGUCUUUCCUCCCUCAAGUGUUGUUACUCCUGUGUCUGUCUCCCUCCAAGUCAACGGUGCUACCAUCAGCUCCACCACGCAGGCUCGCUGCCUAGGUGUUCUCUUUGACUCUGACCUCUCCUUCAAGCCUCAUGUUCAAUCUAUCGCCAAAUCCUGUCAUUUCCAUCUCAGAAACAUUGCGCGCAUCCGCCCCUACUUAAAGCCAGACGCGACUAAGGUGUUGGUCCAUUCCACUUUCCUUUCUCGCCUUGACUACUGUAAUCCGCUUCUCAGUGGUCUUACGUGCUCCCAACUAGCGCCGUUACAGUCCAUAAUGAAUGAGGCUCAUCUUCCUGUCCGCCCGCACCUCCCAUGCCUCACCCUUCUGUCAGUCCCUUCAUUGGCUUCCUAUAAAAUAUAGAGCUCAAUUUAAAAUUCUGGUUCUUGCUUUCAAAUCUCUACAUAAUGCUGCUCCCACCUAUCUAUCCUCCCUUUUACACAAGUAUGUCCCAUCUAGGCCCUUACAAUCUGCUGAAGACUUACAUCUAUCUUCUGUCCGUACUCCCACCUCUGAUGCUCGCCUUCAAGAUUUCUCGAGGGCUGCACCGUUCCUGUGGAACUUGCUUCCCUCCUCCGUUAGAUGCUCACCCAGUCUCCACUCCUUCAAAAAAUCAUUAAAAACCCACUUCUUCAUAAAAGCGGAUCAAAUAAACUGUUAAUAGCUCCUGACUGAUUCCUCUUCUGCAACUGUCAUUAGUCUAAUACUAUCCUUACCUUUUUGUGUCAUUUUACCCCACUCCCUCUAGCAUGUAAGCUCAUUGAGCAGGGCCCUUAACCCCUCUGUUCCUGUGUGUCCAACUUGUCUGGUUACAACUACAUGUCCGUUCGUCCACCCAUUGUAAAGCACGGCGGAAUUUGACGGCGCUCUAUAAAUAUCAUCAUAAUAAUAAUAAUAGUAACAAUUAGCAUCCAGCAUCUCCAGCAAUUCAGUGUUACCAAUGGUUAGAUGCAGGAUAUAGUGCAUAGAGCUUUCCUUCAACCCUUUACUAACUCAAGCAGUUUCUCCCUGUUCAUGUGAUAAUCAAGUGGUGAAAAAACAUUCUAGUAAAAAAAAAAAAAAAUCUCAAAAAAAAAAUCAUACAUAUAAAAAUUAUUAGUGGGUACAAAUUUGAGUAUAGUCGUGAUUGAAUACUUUUGUUUUUCUUUUCACUCCAGACAUGUAUCUUAACAUUGUGCUGAUAUUAAACAAUAUCUGCCCUAAGAAUUAAACCAGAGCUGAACCAUAUGACGGAACACAAAGUUAGGAAACAGCUGUCCUUUUUUACAAGCAUAUCUUGGCUCAUGUUCCUAAACACAGUAGCCUUUCCGAGCGGGUCUGUAGCAGACAUUUAUUUUUGUUGAAAUUCUCCUUUCCGCAUGGAAUGACACAAUUUUCUUCAAUACAUACGCUCUGCUCUUUGUUGUAAUUAAGUGUGAAAUGUUCUGUAUAGGUUUGAUGGAGUGACACCAUCUGCUUCAAGAAACUGAAAGCUCGAGACCCACACAGAUGUUUGGGUUGGGCUGUAAUAAUACGACACCAGAACUUCAGCUGUGCCGUUUCCUUACUCCCUUGGCCCAUCGUUGUCUACUGGAAAAACAUCUCCAGUCACCUUGCCAAGUUCUAACAUGAGGUUUCCUUGCGGCUGGGACAAUGUGUACAUGUCCGUGUGAGACUGAAUGUUUUCUUGGAACCAACAGAAUAAAGGAGAAGCAUAUUCUUUUGGAAAUGUGAGGAUCUGAAAUCUGAUACACGCCUCAUUCAGGAAUGAUGACAGAACAUUACUUGAACGCAUAAUGUUGGUUGCCAAAUUCUUCUUGAUGGAAUUGUGUAGCCCUGCUAAUCCUCUUCUUUUGGAAACUACACUGUAUCAAAACAAAGGCCAAUCUGGCACUAUGAAAACAGUGACUGCUCAAACUCCUGUGUUUUUAACGCAUUGUUAAUUUCUAAGAUUUUGUUUUCAUUGUUAAUAUGAUUAAUUGCCUUAUUCUUUGAGUUCUCUCCAGACAUAUAUUACAUAUUAUAAUGCACAUGUUGGCCUUAUGUGGAUCGUAAAUAGGGAUUGGUGUAAUAAAACUCAGCUUUUAAUUCUUACUGAGAUGAAUUAAGUGUUUGAAAGGACAGAUUUUUUUUAUUUAUUUAUGUUUCUCUCCAGAUUGGUGAGCUCAAGCCAUCUUUUAUAUUUUUAGUUCGGAAAGUGAGUGUAAUAAAGUGCAGUAAAGCAGUCUAAAAAACGAUGAUCGCUUCUUACCUGGUAGAGGAAAAGUUAUCUCUUACAGCACAGGCUGGUAAGGUAUUUGAGCCAACUUGGCAGAACCCUCUGAUUUCUUUUAAAGCACUAAAUGCAAACUGGCCCUGUUUACGGUCUUUCUAUGAGCACACGCACCUGUAGGUCUCUUUAAAAGAAGAUGCCAGAGCACGUAUGAGUGCUGCUCUUGCAUCAUGUAUUGACUCUGGUGCAUGUACCUGCUUUGCUGCGGAGGUAAAUGUGUUUAAUACUUGACUCCACUCUAUUUGAAUAGUGUUGAUUGGGGUGUCGGAAAACAAUCCGUUCCCAUUUAAGAAAAAGAGUGAACUUUAUGAGUAGGACCAUUUUGACAAGUGCAUAUUCUGUCAGGAAGAAAGUGGCUGUAGGGUGCAUAUUAAUUCAGAAGGAAUUUUAGAUGUAUAAGUGGCAGGUCCAACUUGUGUUAUAUAUCAGAUGAGUUUUAUCUGGAAACCGAAUCAUUUAGUGAGUUUAGGGCCAGCAGUUGUAACCCUCACUUAGGUAAUGUCAAGUCUAGUUCAACUUUAAAUAGUGCAAGUUUAGUAAGAGUUUUGGUGUGCACUAAUUGUCAGAAGAAUGUUACUUGCAAAUAGACUAUGUUGGUACUCCAUUCUCAUCGCCACCUUGCUAAAACCUGGACUCCUAUCACUAUAGUGUGCUAAUCCCUAAUUAUAUUAGCCAUCCCCCACCCCUCCCUGUGAGCAAUGCAAAUUGUCACAAAAAAAAACCAAGUUUUACUUUUCCAGUGCCGAGACUUCCUUGGUGCUCUUCAUAUAGGAGCCGUGGGACAUGAGAUGCAUGUGUGCAUCCAAUGAAAUGCAUUUUUGUGAACUGCAUUUGGUCACAUGACUGAGUUUCUCUAGUUUCUUGCAAUGGAAGCUCCUCCAGUGGUUUCUGGAAGACGGCCACUAGAGGUGUAUUUAACCCUGCAAUGUAACCAUUACAGUGUCUACAAAACUGCAAUGUUUUACAUUGAAGGAUUAAAACUUCAGGGCCGCUACCACUAGACCUCGUCAUUGAGAGGAAGUGCUCUGGGUGCAUUUAGUGGCCUUUUAAUAGUGACGAAUGGAUAGAGCCGAUAGCUAGAAUUGGAGCUAGGAUAGUGCCUAGAAAGAAGCUCAAACUUGUCUGCAUGUUGGAGUGGGAGGACAAAAUAGGCUCAAGACGAAGCCGGCGACAAUUUGUGAACAAAUUUUGAUUUAGGUUGAUCAUGGUGUUUAAGUUCUUACCUUAUUGCCCUUUUCUGCUCUCACAUAAUUGCUGAUUGUAAUCAGAAACACUAUGCUACUAUUACUGCUAUGCCUACAUUUUGGGAUAAAUUUGAUAUAGUAGUAUGGAUGACUCUGCUCCCUAAAGCAAUAUUAUACAUUUGUCAGUGGUUUACGAAUAUUUGAAAGUCCUUUUUGGAAGGCAAGGAAUCCUAUUUGAUUUUUUUAAAUUUAUUUUUUUAUUAUAUUCUUUUAAGGAAGGAACACUGUGAAUUCACUUUUAAACAUAAUACAAUUUGUUCCUAUGUGGGAUGUGAAUGCUGAAUUCUAUUCUAUGAGCAUUUGGGGGCCAUUACAUAACAUAAGCGCCUCCUAGUGUUAAAACUAGUUCAUUACAGGUGGAUUUUUUUAUUUAUUUUUUUUGUUAUAUAUUUUAUUUAUUUAACAGUUCUUAUAUAGAGCUGUCAUCUUGAGCUAUUUAUGCGAAAAGAACAUUGGUAAUUAUACAAAUAGAGGGUUAUAUAAUUAGACACAUUGAUACAAAAAGAUGAAUCUUUCCCGUGGGCUUCAACCUCCCACAAAGAUUUAUCAGGCAGAAUUUUAACAUUUUCAAAAUCUGAAUAUAUUUAAUUCAGAACACUGACGUCAGAUGUAAUAUAUGUUACAGUAAUAGGAUAUAGAUGAGAUAAUAUCUCAAGCACUGUUAAGAAGAAAGAUUACAGAGGCAUCAACACAGUAAAUUACAUAAAAUGGUUGAAUUGAGGGCUUGAUGAGUGGGUUGUGGAAGAGAUGGUCCAGGCACGUCAAUGUUCUAAAGACACUUUUAUUGGAACAAGGUGGACACCACAACGUUUCGACCCACACAGGGAUCUUUGUCGAGUUACCUCACACCACAAGUUACACACAAGUUAUAGGCAGUAAAACGUAUGCAAUAAUACAAUCAAACAAUUCGUGAAUCAUUUAAUAGAAUAAUACAUGAUUAAGAAUAUUCAGUGCUUACGAUGUCCUGAUCUGAUUCAUAUGCGAAUAGUCCAUGUAGUUGAAUGGCAGUGGUAAAACAAUAAAAAGUUAUAGAAAAUAAUAAAACUUACAGAAUAUGAAAUAAUAGUAAUAGGCAAAGAAUUGCCAACUAAUAAUAGAGCGUGAUGAUGUCACAUGUUGGACAUCCAGAGGACGUCCCCCUUGCUGUGGGACAGUGCCAGAAUGGGAUUUUCAGCGUUCUAUCUUCAUUUACUAGACCGGAGAAUGGGCACCGCUACCAGUAUACCACACUUCUUUACCUCUUCAUGUUCAGAUACUGACCUUAGCAUGAUGAGAAAUGAGAAACCAGCCAUGUGUAAACAUCUAUAACAAUAUAUUGAGAAUUAUUAUAAUAAAAAGAGAAAGUGACCUUAUUAUAAGUAUGUGUUCAUUGUGACUGCAGCUACAUUGACUUUAUUGGUGACAAUGUAUAGUGUAUUUCCAGUGUUAACUAUUUGCUUUGUUUUAGGUCCUAAGCCUGUGGUGUAUUUGCAGCAUGGCUUGCUUGCUGAUGGGAGCAAUUGGGUUACCAAUCUUGCAAACAAUAGCCUGGGAUUCAUCCUGGCAGAUGCUGGCUAUGAUGUUUGGAUGGGAAACAGUCGCGGAAACACUUGGUCUAGGAAACACAAGACUCUGUCUCCCGCGAAGGAUGAAUUCUGGGCUUUUAGGUAAUCCAGUAUCUUUGAAAUGUUAUGCAUUGGUAGGGAGGAUUAACAAACUGGUUAGUGGUUAAUGGUCUCUCAACAUUAAGAUUAUUCCUCUAGUCGAAGAGCAAUCUUUGCUACAUCACUACUUCUUAUUGAGAAGAAAAAGGUCCGGGCACUCCAAAGCUCAAUGAGACAUAUUUAUUUGGAACAAAAUGAAUCCAGCAACAUUUCGACUCUACAAUGGUCGAAACCCUAUGAUUACAGUCUGUCUUUGUACCACAAAAAUAAUUAAUCUCAAACGCACGUUUCCUAGAUUAAUAUUAACCCCUUAAGGACCCCUUAAGUACAGUCUGAAAUACCACAAGGAUCAGAUACAAUAAUAUAAUUUCUUGUUUUUUUUUUCUCUUUUUGAUGGUACUAACAAUUUGUUUUGCCCUUUUUAAGUUACGAUGAAAUGGCCAAGCAAGAUCUCCCAGCAGUCAUCAACUUUAUUCUAAAGAAAACAGGCCAAGAACAAAUCUACUAUGUUGGGCAUUCGCAAGGAACUACAAUAGGUAUGUAAGCAGUUCAUCAAUAUUGUUUUAUGUUUGAUUUUGUUUGUGUUUGUAUUUUUCAGUGGUUCUUAAUAAGGACUAGAAAAUUUCAAAAUGACUUAGAUUUUUUUUUUUUUAAUUAUGUUAGAUAGCAACUUCUGUGAUAUCGCAGGGAGUUUGUGUGUUAAUCUGAUGUAAAUUUACACCGUACUGGUAAAUACUGUUGAAUUCUGUGAAAAUCUAACUUUAAUGUUAAAAUAUAUCUUAUUACUGUAUAUGUUAUUGUCUUCUUUAGCUUUUAUAGCUUUCUCGAGCAUGCCUGAACUAGCCAAAAAAAUAAAAAUGUUUUUUGGUUUGGCACCUGUGGCUACCAUCAAGUUUUCCAACAGUCCCCUUGCGAAGCUAGGCUAUUUCCCAGAAUUCAUUGUCAAGGUAAGUUCUGGUGCUUUCGUUUAUGGCUUUUCUUUUUUUUUUCUCAAUAUGUGGAAUAUUGGAAUUAACUAAACAUUAAUUUACAUUAUCACCAAAAGCUCUAUCUGCAAUAUACAUGACUGUGAUGGACCUUCUGUUGCAUUGUUAGGGCUGUGGCCCUGGGUAGAACGUGGGUGCACCCACUCCAAAUAUGCCUCGUCUAUAGCGAAAUCUGUUAACCACUUCUCUUCCUGCAUCAAACCUAUAUUUUUCGUCUCUCUCCACCCUUUUUGUAUCUCUCCAUGCCCUUUCCUCUGCUUGGAUUUUAUCUUUAAAAGUGUAUUCACAUAAAUUUAAUAAAAAAUAUAUGAACAGAUGAAAUAGCAUUCCAACUUUACUACUGGCUAGCAUGCAAAAUGAUUAUGUUUUAUCCAAGAUCUUUGUAUGUGAUAAUAUGUAAUUUUACAAAAAUCCUGUCUCUCUGGCAACAUGUUGUCUUUCAAAAACUAUAGCAACCAAGCAGCAGGGGCUCACUCCAACUGGCAUCAAAACACCUCUCACUGCAGUUUAAUGACUGUGACAUGUGGCUCUCCUGGUUGAGAAUUAUGGGAAAUGUAGUUCACACAUAUUGUGGUGCAAAUGGCAAAGGUUAUUCACCAGAAGCCACGAAGAUACUUGGUAAAGCUCGGCAGGGCUGAAAUCAGAACACUUAGAGCCCCUUACAAAUCCAUAUACUUGGCCACUCGAGAUUAGCAGACACAAUUGUGCACACACUCCCAAUACAUACAGAUACAUACUUACUGACUCACACUCAGAUAUGCAUUCCCAGACGCACUUUCAGAUACUCACAUAACAGAUAAACAUUCCCACAAACACUCAUAGAUGUGCAUGUCCAGACACAUUGACAGAUACACACUUGCACAAACAGAUACACAUUGCACAAAUACACAGAUACAGUCACUUACAGACACACACUGUCACACUGUCACAUAAAUACAAUAUAUAGAUCUAAUACACAUAUAUUAUUAUUAUUAUUUUAUUAUUUAUAUAGCGCCAACAAAUUCUGUAGCGCUGUACAAUGGGUGGACUAACAGACACAUAAUUGAGAUCAGACCACUGACGUACAGGAACAGAGGGGGUUGAGGACCUACAAUGUCUCACCUGCGCGCACACACAAAUGCAACUACAUAUACACACUGCCAAACAAAGAUAUACAUGCUGACACACUGACUGCCAUACACAUAUAAAGACUCCCACAUACACAGCUUUUAGGUUCUGUUUUAGUCACUCUCUCCUCGGGACUGCAGACUAUUCUGAGUCUGCUUUCCUUACCUUACUGUGCUGCUUUUUUUUUUUUUUUCACACUGGAAAGAUCUGGCAUUGCUUCCUCCAAGUGCUGCUGCAAGGCAGAGAAAUGGGGGCUGACAAUACAUCAGAGCACUAGCGGGUCUCUGGGGCACAGCCAAGACUCGUAAUGGAGUUCCAGCUGUCACCAACCUGAUGGGGGCCCUGAACCCUUUUUCAUAUUACUAUACCAAAAUAUAAAGGGGGGCCCAAACUGAUAACCUGUUUAGGGCACUAUGGGAUCUUAUGUAAAUGUGAAAAUUCCACCAUUUAAAUAUACAAAUAAGGUUUAUUAUAAAAUUCAACUUAAAUCAUAGGUACAUAGCCUCCCAGGGUAACCUCCUAGAUAGUAACCAACUAUAGCAGAAAUGUGUGUAUAUAUACACAAAGAUUUUUAACACUAUUGUGCAAAUUAUUUUAAUUAGUUCAAUAAAUAUCAUUUUUUUUUUUUUUUUUUGGAAUAACCUCUAGCAAAUCGUUUGGGUGAUUCAAAGACCAGUCCGGAGAGAAAUCCAAAGGAGGAACUUUGGUCCCCUAUUGAUAUUGUUUGUGACACCCAUAAGGCACUUUUAUCGUCUUUAUUUGUGUGUGCAACCAAUAAUUUGCGUUGUCACUUAUUUUACAAUAUCACACUAUAUUACAAUGGGGUUUAUAGGAAACAUAGAAUGUCACGGAAGAUGCCAACAGAAUGGGAUUUAUGAUAUUCAAACAGAUUAAAGUCUCUACUACUUAAGUUCUCAUUAUUAUUUUAUUUUCAGGAUUUGUUUGGCAAGAAGGAAUUUCUUCCACAAACCUAUUUGAUCCGAUGGCUUGCCACCCACUUUUGUACGCAUGAAGUAACUGAAGAGUUGUGUGGCAAUAUUUUUUUCGUUCUUUGCGGCUUUAACGAGAAGAACCUUAAUAUGGUAUGUGUAACCCGUUUUCUCUGAUCAUUGUCUGUUUAUUAUAACCUGUCAAAGAAAUGAACUUUCAUUCAAACAGACCCGUGGAAUAUCACUUCUGGUAGCUUAUAAAAUAUCUGUACAAUUUAUAGAAAAACUUGUAAACAUUUAAUGCUAUAAUUACCUGCCCAACAUUAUCUCUUAAUGUUUACACGUGUGUGAUGCCACAUGCUGGGUAUUGUGGGUAGCUUCACUUAGCUUUGUGGGAGUGGACUAGUGCUUGCACAACCAAGGAAUAAGCUUUAUUUGUAGUUUUAUACCAAUAUGCUACAGCAUCUACGUAUGAGCUCAAAUCUUAAUCAAGAGUCUAACCAGUAUGAUGUUGGAUGCUUUGUGUCACCUUAUCAUUUUGCAUAAUCGGUACAUCUAAGACAGAAAAUGAUUACUAAUGAAUUCUCUCAUUAUCCAAAAGUAGUAUCAUAAUAAAACAAUACUUUUUAUUAGACUAUUUACAGUUUUAAUUAACUUUUAUAAUGUAUUAAAUGUGAACAAAAAACUCUCCCAUGAUGCAUGUCUGCAACAAGCAAAAGCUCACUGGCUGAUUAGCACCAGUUGAUAGUCAGCACACACUUGUGGGGAAUCAUGGGAGUUGUUGCUAAAAUAAUGAAGAAAGCAAAUUGUUCAUCUCUGGCUAUUGUAGUUCUCAAGACUUGUUAGUUAUUUUUAUAGAAAACUUGGCUCUGGAACUUGGUGAAAUAGAUGGUUCCAUAUUGGCAUUAGCACCUGUAGGGUCCUUUUGUAUUAUUAAUCAUUUAAAGUCCACAUUCUAUGCCAUUCAAUAAAUUAAUGAAUACCAAUCUCAGGUUACCUCUUUUUACAGAGGAAUGUGUGUAACAAAAGUGCUUAAAGAGUAGAAGUGAUUUACAGGCAGUUCUAUACACUUGUGUGGAAAUAUCCUCUAUUCCACUAAACAAUAUUGGAGAUAAUAGUGCGGUGUAAGUGACGGAGGCCUACACCUAUAAGUGGAGCACUCAAACACAUAUGCAGCUUACCAAAUGUUUUCAUUCAAUAGUGCAAUAUAAAGUACAUGUCAAAAAAAAUAUAAAGAGAUACAAUAUAGUGCAGAUGGUAUGUAAAGUGACAAUGCAAGUAGUAAACUGUACACUCACAUUUCAAGGAGCCUGUAUAUGAGAACACUGGCUCCGUAUUGAAGCUUGUGUGCUUAUUAUGGUAGCACCACCCUUCCACUUGGACUCGAGGUAGUUCUCAAACACAAAAGGAGAAAGUGGACCACUGUGUAGAAAAUGGCAAUAAAAGCAUGGGUGUAGAACAGUAAAUGUGGUGCUCACCUGGUCCUGAGCCCGGCUCUAGGUAUAUAGGUUUGGUGCCAAUUAAAAUGGGGAUGGCACUACCCCUAUGGAGGUUCUUAGAGGUUCCACAAAGGACUUAAGCAGGAUCUUGAGUAAAAUAACAAAUUUAUUAGUAUAUAUAAAUAUAAAAAAUAAAUGUUAAAAAAUAGUCCUCAAUAAAAGUCCUUUUAAAAUGGCCAAUACGCGUUUCACUCUCAAUAGAGCUUCCUCAGUCAGCUUUUUUUUUUUUUUACAUGUACUUCAUAUUGCACUAUUGAAUGAAAACGUUUGGUAAGUUGCAUAUGUGUUUGAGCGCUCCACUUAUAGGUGUAGGUCUCCGUCACUUACACCGCACUAUUAUCUCCAUUCAAUAAAUUAAUACACACUUUUUAGUUAAUACAGAGCCCUUGCCAUAAAUGCAAUAGAUAUAUAAAGUACUCUAUAGGCAGCAGAUAUAUGUAGUAAAUCGUAUCUGUAGGUUCAAUAUAAGAGUCUGGCUAUUCAUUUCUGUUACAUAAUGAAAUGUCUUUCGUAUGUAUUUAGUGAAUUAUUGCAGCUGACGUUCUGUUUAAGAUUUUUGUUUCUCUUUUUUUCUUUUUUAAUAUAUUGUUGUUAAUUGUUUUCUACAUUAUCUUGUAGACUCGAGUAAAUGUAUACUCUUCACAUUGCCCUGCUGGGACAUCUGUGCAGAACAUGAUCCAUUGGGGUCAGGUAAUGAGUUUUCGUGAUUGUUGGAUAAGUGCAAAAUAUAUGAAACACAUAAUACACAUAUUUUCCAUCCCACAUAUUUUUGUCCCUCAGAGUUAUUUAUAUUCAUAUUCUUCUGAAUAUUAAUGAUAUGAAUAUAUACAACUAUCUAAUAUCUAACAAGAAUGCUGUGACCUUUUGUUAGUAUUUCACACCAAAUCCACUGUAUCCUGUUGUUUACAAGACAUCACAUUAACAAUUCCAUUAAAAAUAUUUUCCACUUUAAAGUUCACAGGAUUCAACAAUGCUAGGGGGGAAAUAAGAAACACUUUGAGCUAGGUAGAUCUUCAUCAUGUGGGUAUCAAUUUCCCUAGAAUGAAGUGGAGAUGGAAAUUCUUCAUUAGAAGAGCAUGAUGCACCGUAUACAUUUUUAUAUGGGUGUGGGAUCAACUAUAGUUAUCCUUAUGAUACCAGUAUCUGAAAAUUCAAGCAAGCAGUAAAUGUUAUAAUAUAUUGAACAUGCUCAAUCUGUUUAAAAAAAAAAAAAAAAUAGUUAUUGUAUCGAUCAGCACAAUUUUAUGCUGCAAAAUUUUAAAAUGAAGGUUUUUCCUAUGAGGAUUAACUUACUUAAAAUAGAUUUUAAAUGGCCAUUGAUUGAUUCCUGGUUCAUUGAGUGUGUGGGUGAUCAGAUUCAACAUGUUGGUACGGAGUAGGCAGUCAUCUUUCUGUAGGUGUAAUGUUUUUAUUCCGAGAGGAACUAAGAUUGGAAAGACUAAAUAUAAACCCUGAAGUCCAUUCUUUUAUGCAGUUGAUGAAAAAGGAAAAAAAUAAAAUGUAGCCAUUUCCAAUUAUGCCACAAAAAGGGGAAAAUUUUUCUUGACUCCCUUAUGGCAAUCAGAUUUUCCUUGGAUUAACAACCUAUUUACAAACAUCAAUUAUAUCCUUGAAUAUUCUAUUCAUGCAAAAAAGCACCCAAGCUUUUUUUUUUUUUUUUAAAUUAUCUAUAAAAAUCUGAUAAAACAACCUCUUUAGGUAGAGAAUUCCACAUUUGUAUUAUUCUUACAGUAAAGAACCCUUUCCUUUGCUGUAAGCGAAAACGCCUUUCUUCCAGUCUCCAUGGGUGACCUCUAGUCUCUCGUAUGAACCAGUUAGCACAUAGUGGUUUGUACUGACUAUAUAUAUAUAUAUAUAUAUAUAUAUAUAUAUAUAUAUCUCUGUAUAGUGCUAUCAUAGCCCCUCUGAGGUGCCUUUUUUCUAAAGAAAUCAAUUCCAAUUUUUCUAGCCUUUCCUCAUAACGAAUGCUUUCCAUCCCCCUUAUUAGUUUUGUAGCUCGCUACACUUUUCUAGUUCUGCAAUAUCCUUCUUUAAAACGGGUGCCCAAAACUGCACCGCAUAUUCAAGGUGGGGUCUUACAAUAGAUUUGUAAAGCUGCUAAAUCAUAUUUGGAUCACAUGAAUCAAAACCCAUUUUUAUACAUGGAAGCACCUUACUAGCUUAUGCAACAGUAGACAGGAAUUGCAUACUGACUGUUGCCUAGUUUGUGAUCUAUAAUUGAGUCCUUUUCAUUUAUUGUUAUCACUAACACAACCCCAUAUAAUGUAUAAGUGACUUUUGGUUUCCUUAUUCCAAAAUGCAGGACUUUACAUUUAUCAGUAUUGUAUCUUAUUUGCAACUUGCCUGCACAGUCCCCCAAUUUAUCCAAAUCCUUCUGUAGACGUUAUGUCAUGUUUUCUUACCUAGUUUUGUGUCCUGUGCAAAUAAUGACAAAUGACUUUCAAGGCCCUUGGUAGGAUAUUUAUCUUGAUUUUAUAUAUAUCCAUAUAUUUUCUACUACAUGUGUCUGCUGAGAUUCAUUUAAGACACUACAGGCACUUAGACCACUUCAUCUUAGUAAAGUGGUCUGGGUGCCAUGUCCCCCGUUUUAACCCUGCAAGUGAAAACUUUGACGCUCUGCAGAACGGCAAUGCUUUCAUCGCAGGAUUUAAAUUCCUCUAGUGACUGCGCAUGCACACUACCCGCUCAAUGCUACCCUGGGAGAUAAUCAAUCUCUGUGAGCUUCCCUGCAGAGACCAGCGUUGUGAGGAAGAAAAGGUAAACAACAAAUUUUACUCCCUACAGCCAACAGGGCACUGUAUCAUUAGGAAUACACAUUUGUAUUCCUAACUCUAUACUGUUCCUUUAAAAGUAGACUAGUGCACAGAAUAUUUUGGUAUAUUUAUUUAACUUAGAUAUUCCAUUAGGAAUAAUGUUCUAAAGUAUAUUUCUCUCCAAUAUCUUUAUUAAUCACUCUGUAGUUGCCAGAAUUUAAUUUGUUAGAUAUAUUUCAUGUUGUAAUGCCUUGCUAGCAAUUUCUUUUUACAUUUUCCUUUGUUCUUUAUUGUUUAGGCUGUCAAAUCUGGAGAAUUAAAGGGUUUUGAUUGGGGCUACAGGGGAAAUAUGGCUCACUAUAACCAGGUAACACAACGUUUAUUUCUUCUUUACGUCCCUCAGGGGUAUUUGACAAAAAGAUGUAUUACUGGUCCUUCAUAUGAUUGGUCACAGCCAUAGAAAAAGUGAUAGUUUACUUAACACCUAAUUGGUAGACUGCAUUAAGGUAACCAGGAAACAUCUUGAAAACAGAAUAAGACAUGUGGAAGGUGAGAGAUUAGCUAAUGUUCUGUGCAGGCAGCUGACUGUAAAACCAGAUAAAUAACCCAAGGGCAAAAUUCUGAACAAUUACAGAAUGUAGAAAAAAAAAUUCAAUAUGGAUUCCAUCAUAGAACAUCAAUGCUUUAACAAGUAGAAGACUGAAUUGCGUUUUUUUUAUAACCGCUCAUGAGAAGGGAUUAACCACACAGAACAUGGUGCACGUCAAAUGAUAGUGUAUGGGCUAAAUAGUGGACUGGGAAACGAAUAACCUAUGAUGGAAUAAUGAGCAUACCAGGUUUAGAUCCACCUGAGCAUGUAACAAACCUAUACAGGACCUGCCCUCAUGAGCAGUGUGGAAGACUGUUAACCCCUUAAGGACACAUGACGUGUGACAUGUCAUGAUUCCCUUUUAUUCCAGAAGUUUGGUCCUUAAGAGGUUAAUGUGCGGAACCAGAGACCAUUUGACAGAGAAACACCAUUUUUCUAUUGGGAUUACUUUUUUCUAGAAUUCACAAUUCCUGGUUUAGAGAAUAACCCUGAGUACCAUAACCUGAAAGUAAUAGAGAUAAAUAAAAAAACAACUGCCUUAACUUAUCCAUUUGUAUUGCCAUAGUGUUCUGAUUUAUUUGUUUGACUUGAAAGAUAAUUACAUGAUUUAGAAAGAAUUUGUAUUUGUGAUUUAGAAAGAAUUUGUAUCUAACGGCACCUGUCAUGGGCUGGGAUAUGUUAGGCAGCAAGUGAACAGUCCCUUCUGGAGUUUCAUGUGUUGGAAACACUGGAUCGGAGCAUCUCCAAAUCCGCAAGUUUUGUGGGGUGUUCCAGAUAUGCAGUGGUUAAUACCUUCAAUAAGUGUUGCAAGGAAGGACUGGCGUCAGGGUCAUGGGAGCCCAAGUCUCAUUAAUGCAAGUGGGGAGCGAAUGUCCGAUUACACAGAAAUGCUACUGUAGCUCAAAUUGCUGAAAAACGUAACGCCGCCCAUGAUAGAAAGGUGUCAGAACACUAAGUGCAUCACAGUUUGCUGACUAAACGCAAACCGCUAAGAGUGCCCAUGAUGACCCCUAUCCACCGCCGAAAGCGCCUCUAAUGGGCACAUGAGCAUCAGAACUGGACCAUCGAGCAAUGGCAGAAGGUUGCCAUGUCUGAAAAAUAAUUUUCUUUUAGAUCAAGUGGAUGACCUGGUGAAGAGAUGGCAACAGGAUGCACUAUGGGAAAAAGGCAGGCUCGUGGAGGCAGUGUUAUGCUCUGGGCAAUGUUCUUGUAGGAAACCUUUGGUCCUGGCAUUCAUAUGGAUGUUACUUUGACAAACAUCACCUACCUAGAUAUUGUUGCAAACCACAUACACCCCUUCAUGGCAGUGGUGUUCCAUGAUGGCAGUGGGCUCUUUCAGAAGGAUAAUGCACCAUGCCACACUGUAAAAUUGAUCAGGAAUGGUUUGAGGAACAUGAUAAAGAGGUCAUGGUGUUGCCUUGGCCUACAUAUUUCCCAGACCUCAAUACAAAUGAGCAGCUGUAGGAUGUGCUAGAAAAACAAAUAUGAUCCAUAGAUAACCCACCUUGCAACUUGCAGGACUUAAAGGGUCUGCUGCUAAUGUCUUGGUGCUAGAUACCACAGGACAUGAUCAGAGGUCUUGUGGAUAUUUCAUGUCUUGACAAUUCAGAGCUGUUUUGGCAGCACGAGGGGGACCUACACAAUAUUAGGCAGGUAGUUUUAAUGUUGUGACUGAUCAAUGAAGGUUUAUUAGACAUACACAUUUAAAACUUGAGACUUGAAUAACUGGUCUUGGCACUUUAAGCACCAUAACCAUUACAGCUUGUUGUAGUCAUUCUGGUGCAAGGCUCUGGGUGCAGCCAUUUUGUUUUGUUCUUAUUUUAACAUUGUUGUUUCCACUUACCCUUUUCUCUUAUUUCCUUGUUUAUUAUAGCAGUUUAAUAGAUUUCUAUAAAAUGCUUGGAACCAAUUUAAUGUUAGAAUUGCCCGUCUAGUCUUUUUAUAGAAUAUAAUGCCUGAUGUGCAUAUGAAAUAUGUCAUAAUGGGCCCAUGUCAGCUGAUUUCCAUCACAUGUUUUCUUUAGGUUCUAUAUUAAAAUUCACCUUAUUGUGUUCGUCCAUAUUUGUGCCCCGAAAAAUAACUUGUGUGAAGAGAAUGAUUGUAAUGGAAACCUAAGCACCAUAUUAUUCUGACCGUGCUUUUUCUUUCAGAGCACUCCCCCUAUGUACAAUGUGAGAAAUAUGAAGGUCCCAACUGCCCUGUGGACUGGAGGCAAUGACUGGCUAGCAGACCGCAAGGAUAUUGCCAUGUUGCUUACACAAGUCAGUAAUUUGGUUUAUCACAAGGAGAUUCCAGAAUGGGAACAUCUAGAUUUCAUCUGGGGAUUAGAUGCACCUUAUCGCAUGUACAACGAAAUCCUCGAAUUGAUGAAAAAAUAUCCGUGAAUAUUUCUACAGUCAGGUGCUAGAACACUCCUCUAGUAUUGGCAUUUGAAACUGGAAAUCUUAACCAAGGACUGUCUUCCAACUAUUGCAGACUUAACUCAGGUGCUUUUGCUAAAUGUUGAUUUUUAAAGGUAUGGCUACAAAAUGAAUGAGUAUAUCCAGGGCCAAUCAGAAAGUAAUGUUUGACCCUAUAUUGCUAGAGGAUCACAUUGUCAAGCCAUACUUAUACCAAGUGCGCUGCUGCUACAUAUUUUAUAGGUGACCAAUAGUAAUUUGCAGUAACUGAGCAAAAGGCAUAUAUCAAAAACUUUCACUCAGGACUCCAUGCCUUACGUUACUGUGCUUUUAACGGUGUCCUAUAAUGCAAACAGUAUUUCAUUUUCAAGGUGCCGAAUAUCACUGAACCAAAAUGCCAUUACUCCUUUCUGACGCUACUCUAUGGAGCCAGAACCACUAUUGCAUCACUCUAGUUAAAGAGUAUUUUGUGUCUUGAUAAAACAUAUUUUGAUAUUUUUCUUCCCAUGAAUAUCAUUUUGAUUUGAUGUAGGAAUAUUUUGUUUUGUAUUAACUUUGCAACUGAUGUGAUGUUUACAACGGACUAUCAGUCAUCUCAUUGAUAGUCUAAGAUACAAUUAUUUUCUAGUAGUCGGCAGGGCAGGUGAUCUGCCAAAUGAUACUGAUAAACUACUGGAUCAACUGAUAAUCCAUCUGAAAGCAUGAAUCACCUGCAAAAUUAGGUACUGAUUGUAUUCUAAACCAAAUAUUCUAUUUCUUCCUCAAAGCAUAGCUGCUGCAAGUGAAAGAAUGGUUUGCGCAGUGUGAAUGUUCUCAGGUAGUUCAGGUGUUCAAGUCAAAAUCUAAAAAGCUAUUUCUACCAUUAUUAUUAUUAUUUUUUUAUUUAGAUUCUUACAGGACCCCUAUUUGCCUUAUAGAAGGAAUUGUGAUAUGGUUGUUUGAGACUGGAUUAUAUGGAGCCACAUAAAGAAUAGCAUACACUGUAAACAAGGAAUGCUAGCUCUUAACUAUAUCUUCCCUGGCCAGAAAUUGGUGAUUAUAUGACCAUCAGAAUUUAGUCAUUAGAAAUAGGAAAUGGUACUUCUGUGUCUUUUUUUUUUUUUUUUAGCACUGGAAGGUAAAGUAAAUAAAUAUCUUGGAUUGUAAAAAUGGUUUUUUGUAUUUAAAAAAAAACAAAAAAACAAUCACAUGAAAUUCUGUCAUUUAAAGGAGCACUAUAGGGUCCGGAACACAGGCAUGUAUUCCUGACCCUAUAGGGAUAAAACCACCAUCUAGCCACCCUGGUCCCCUCAUGCCUCCCUAAAUGUAGUCAAGUCUGCAGCUGCUUACUUAGUCCCAAUUUCCUUUAGACCUGCCCACCGCACAAGUCAAACCCAGCCUUGGCCAAUCAGCAUCUCCUCAUAGAGAUGAAUUGAAUCAAUGAAUCUCUAUGAGGAAAGUUCAGUGUCUACAUGCAGAGGGUGGAGACACCAUGUUUGGAUGAAAUUUAGGCAGCAAUGACCCAGGAAUGCUCUCUAACAGCUGAGGAGUGGCCGGCGAAGUUAUCAUUAGGCUGUAAUGUAAACAAUGCAUUUUCUCUGAAAAGAGUGUUUACAGCAAAAAGCUUAAAGGUAAUGAUUCUACUCACCAGAACAAUUUAAAUAAGCUGUAGGUGCAUGACAUGUGUGACAUGUCAUGAUUCCCUUUUAUUCCAGAAGUUUGGUCCUUAAGGGGUUAAUGUGCUUUGCACUGGCUAAAUUUGUUUGUAAAAAUACUAUUUAUUUUUUUUAAAUAGGUUUUUAUACCAUGCAUUGUGGUAAUGUAUGCGUUGGAACAAUUGCACGGGCAUAGCUGUAAUGUACAUCUCUGUGUGAAAAGGGGGCGAAUCUAGAGGAUGCGUAUGAGACCGUCAGUUUUGGUUAAAUCACUUAAAGGGACACUAUAGUCACCUGAACAACUUUAGCUUAAUGAAGCAGUUUUGGUGUAUAGAACAUGCCCCUGCAGCCUCACUGCUCAAUCCUCUGCUUUUUAGGAGUUAAAUCCCUUUGUUUAUGAACCCUAGUCACACCUCCCUGCAUGUGCCUUGCACAGCCUUCCAUAAACACUUCCUGUAAAGAGAGCCCUAUUUAGGCUUUCUUUAUUGCAAAUUCUGUUUAAUUAAGAUUUUCUUAUCCUCUGCUAUGUUAAUAGCUUGCUAGACCCUGCAAGAGCCUCCUGUAUGUGAUUAAAGUUCAAUUUAGAGAUUGAGAUACAAUGAUCUAAGGUAAAUUACAUCUGUUUGAAAGUGAAACCAGUUUUUUUUUUCAUGCAGGCUCUGUCAAUCAUAGCCAGGGGAGGUGUGGCUAGGGCUGCAUAAACAGAAACAAAGGGAUUUAACUCCUAAAUGACAGUGAAUUGAGCAUUGAAAUUGCAGGGGAAUGAUCUAUACACUAAAACUGCUUUAUUUGGCUAAAGUAAUUUAGGUGACUAUAGUGUUCCUUUAAACAGUUUGCCCAAGAAACUGGGCUUAACUCCAUAAUCGCUACACGGCGUGCCUAGACCUUUAACCCCCUAAGGACCAAACUUCUGGAAUAAAAGGGAAUUAUGACAUGUCACACAUGUCAUGUGUCCUCAAGGGGUUAAAGCAGUACUCAAAACAGAUUACUAUAGUUUAUCUAAGUAAGCUAUGGAACACGUAUCUGUCAUUCCUGCUCUUAGAUCUGACAGUUUUUGAGGAGGUGGACAUUUUCCAUUUUUUUUAAACCGAUCGGUAAAUGUUAAUAAAUAAAAAAAAAUAUAUAUAUAUAUAUAUUUUUUAAAGUCUGCGUGAGAGCAUGUGAUGCCAGCACAAAAUGAGAACCUGGUAGCUGAGCGGAUUUAACAGUACAUGGAAGAGAAAAUUGGCGAAUGCUAGAAAUUAGCUGAUCUGCUGUUAAAUAGAUCACACAGAAUCAGGAUCUAAUUAUUGUUGUUCCUUAAACAGAUUGAAAAGGGUACACUCCACUGCCAAACUAUCACAAACCACGCUUUAAUUAUGCUUUUAUUUUCAUUUGGCCAUAUAUAAAAACAGCUUGCAGUUCUCUUGUCUGCAGCCUUUGCAAGUCAUCCCCUUCUAACCCGCCCAGACUUUCUGUAUCCGUCCAAUCACAUACUUACCAAUACAGCUAAAUCAGAAGUCUUUGCAAGACUCUGGGCAAUUGCUGUCUCUCUACCAAACAUCCUGGCAGUAAUAGGACCAGCUGCCUCAUUGACAGACAGGUGGAUGUAACAAAUUUCUAGAAGUGUCAAUUUCUAAUCUAUUUCUGAAAUGAUUGUAUUAAAACAUUUAAAUAUAUUGAUAAUAUUUUAAUGUUUGUCAAAUCACCAGUUUUGAAGUAGAUGUCCAAAGAAAUUUAGCUUUUCAUUUGAUGGUAUGAACCGGUCAGAUUUUAAAGUUGUAUUUCUUAAUCUUCCCGUUUAAUUUGGUAAAAUCAUUUCGCCAAACAAGUUCCAUUGUUUUACACACCUCCUUUGAUUUGGUAACCAGUGAAUGUUUACAGUAGCGCAGGAAUGUUAAGAAACACUGUUCCAUUAAUUUAAAGUCUAAUAGUAAUUAUUAUGGCAGAAACAUUGAAGUUCAAGGUGUAGUGUCUGUUAAAGCAAACAAACAAUCUUUCAUGCAGGCUGUGUUUACAGUUGGCACAUAUUCAUAAGUGGAGAACAUCAACCAUAUUGGCCCUCUGUGUCAUGAGAGAUGCAAAUGUAAGAGAUGAAAUGAUAAAACAAUUGCUAGCUUUUACUCUUAAUCUUUUGGCAGUUACGGUUAUCAUAAAUAUAUAAUGUUACCCUUCAGUAUGUAGAACAACUGUGUUUAAAAACAGGUUUUCCAGAAGACCUAAGUAGCGGAAAACUGGCCUGGUAACAUAAGUUCAUAUGCGGAGCCCUAAAACAUUCUCUACUAGUUACCUGGAAUCAAAAGGUGGGGUAUGCUCCAAUCAUUAUUUCAAAGGGCAUAUUUGGGAAGACUAUGGUGUCCACCUUAUGUUUUAAGAAUAACAAGCAUGCUCAUGUAAAUGAGGUUAUCCAAAAGCAGCCCAUGUGACAUAGAACCACACAUGCCAGUUCAUCAACGUGGAAAAGAAUCAUGGACACAACUCAUGCAGGUAAAUGGAAUUAUUCAGGUUUAAUACUUUUAGACUACAAGGUUCUGCUUGCGUCUUAAAGUGAGCGAUGGGAGUAGUUGACUAGACUGCAGAUUUAAAUAUUUUCUCUGAUAUUGUAUAUAAACAUUUAUAUACUCUUAACACAUUUUUACUGAAUCGUGUAUGUAUAUAUUUAUAUGUAAAAAAUAAAAAAAAAAAUUCUGAAUUGCACGAGAGUUAAUUCAUAGGUUCUGUGUUUUUGGAUUAACCAUUCUGUAAUGCUAUUUUUGUGCUUUCAUCGCUAUACAAAUCUGUUUUGGAAUACAGUUUUUAAUUCAAUCAUUGUUCCACUUUUUAAAAUAUCCAUGACCUUUUUUGAUUAAUCAAGCAAUAAAUAAUUUUAUAAAUAUUUAUUACAAAACUGUGUGAGUGUAAAGUGUUUUACAAACGUAAUUUAAAAAUGCAUUUGUGUUUAUUAGAGAAAACAUUUGUAUAGAUUGCAAAACUUGGCAGGUCUCUAGGCAGGGUCAGCAUUUUGAAAAUUGUACUUCAUAAACCUGGAAUUCCAGGGAACAUUAAACUGAUAUAAGUGACAAAAUAUGCUAUGAUCAAACAUUUAUAGCAAGGAAAACCUAUUAUAACAAACAUCCAAUACAAAACAAUGCUAUUUCUGUAAUAUUUUGUACAGUGCAUUUCCCUUAAACAUUCUAAUAAGAAUAUGUGCUUCAGAAAUGUUGGAUUGUGUGUAAUGUGUGGGGACUAUUCUCAAAAUGGGUUGUAGAUUACUUUAUAUAUGCAACAAAUCAGGACAGAAUAGUGACUUAAUUGAAAACCAAGUAGUGCCAGUGGCUUGUACGUUCUACCUUUUGAUUAUUAAUUCUGUGAGAUUUGAAGUAAGUGAAGCAAACCUAUGAUGCACCGAUAUUUGCACAAACGCAGAUAACCCAUAAAUUAAACUAUAUGAAAGGUAACACUAUCAGAAUUAUUUGCAAAAAAAAAAAGUGAAUUUCAAAUUUUAAGAUCGAAAUAGAUUAACAGGAAAAAUUGUCUAAUGCAGCUAUGUUUUCAGUUCGGCUACAUUUGGUCUUAAAUUUGGAAUUCACUUUAGUAACUAACCCAGUUUGUCUACUCCUUUUGUCAUACAUCCUUCUUACAAUUUAUUAGAGUAGGGCCUUCCUCUAUUUCAGUUUAGAUAGGCUAGUAUUUUUUUCAUUUAUAUAUAUAUUUUUUUUUUAAUUGCUUGCAGCCUUUCAGAAGGAUUGGCUAGCCCAAAAGGUCCGUAAUAAGCAAUUUUAUCAUUUAUCAAUGCAGAAAUCCAGAUAUGCCAUUAAAAACCGUGAGUACACCGGAGAAAAAAUGUGCUCAAACAGUUUCCGUAAACUAAACUAUUUGCACAGUAAAACCCUCUAAAGAGACCAUUUUCAAAGACACACGCAAUAUUAAAUAGACAUCCAACAUUAACUUCUGUCUCAAAGAGAACAUUACAGUAUGUACAUUUCUAAGUGUGACCAGUGCACAGAGAGAGACGCAUAGCUACAGACCAUUCAACUUCCAUUUCAGGAUGACUUCUUUAGGGAGCUCAUGAUUUUGGUGAAUUUUAACCUCGUUGCAAUAUCCAUUGGGCUCUCUCCAUCCUUUACAAAAAAUAAAAUAAAGAUUUACAAAGUAUUUCAAUACUUUCUUUCAGUGUGUCCAGCUCUUUAAGUUCACCUAUAGGUUUG